AUGAUGUUGCCAUGGAAACAAAUUGUUCUCCUAUCAAUCACAGGAUGCCUUGCAGCGUUUACAGACGAUGUCAUAUUUCAAGGUCCAAGAUUAAGGACAGAGCCUGCUGACCUCAUUUUGCCGAUCAACUCCCCCAACCAACAGGCCACCAUUAUGUGCGAUGCAGAAGGGAGCCCAUCGCCACAAUACAGAUGGUCACUCAACGGAACACUCAUUGAUCUUGGGAAUGACUACCGGCGUCACAUGUCUGGAGGCAGCCUGAUCAUUAGCAACCUGGACAAGGACCAAGACACUGGGAUAUACCAGUGUCUAGCCUUCAACACGAAGGGGUCCAUCCUGAGCCGGAAAGCCAGCGUCCAAUUUGCAUAUCUUGAUAACUUUAAAACGCAAGCAGUGAGAAGUACGGUCAACGUCAGAGAAGGUCAAGGAGUGGUUCUCUUAUGUGGUCCACCAGCACAUUCUGGAGAGCUGACUUUUGCAUGGAUCUUCAAUCAAUAUCCCCACUUUGUCCAACAAGACAGUCGUCGAUUCAUCUCACAGGAGACUGGAAGUCUUUAUAUAGCCAAAGUAGAACCAUCCGAUGUGGGCAACUACACUUGUGUGGUUAACAACACGAUCACAAAGGAGAAGGUGUUAAGCUCACCAACCCCGCUGGUCCUCAGAAGUGACGGAGUAAUGGGAGAAUAUGAACCCAAAAUAGAAGUUCAUUUUCCUGAGUCGAUUCCAGCUGCAAAGGAAUCAUUUGUGAAACUGGAAUGUUUUGCUCUGGGAAACCCUGUCCCAGAAAUAAGCUGGAGAAGAACAAGUGGAGUCCCUUUCCCUAGUAAAGUGAAAAUGAAAAACGCAAACGCUGUCCUGGAAAUACCAAAUUUCCAACAAGAAGAUACAGGAACGUAUGAGUGCAUUGCAGAAAAUCGACGGGGCAAAAAUACAGCACGAGGUCGUAUUUCAUUCCAUGCUAAACCUCACUGGUUCCAGACCAUGGCGGACACGGUUCUGUCCAUCCACCAAAAGCUGUUCUGGGAGUGUAAGGCGAACGGAAAACCUAAACCAUCCUACAGCUGGCUGAGGAAUGGAGAGCAUUUGAUAACUGAGGGCCGGAUACAAAUCGAAAAUGGGGCCCUGUCCAUAGCUGCGUUAAACCUGUCAGAUGCUGGAAUGUAUCAGUGUGUAGCUGAAAACAAACAUGGGAUUAUUUAUUCUUCUGCCCAACUAAUGGUGUUAGCAUCACCUCCCAGUUUCUCCAAAAGCCCAAUAAAGGCUGUGCUAAAAGCUCGCUUGGGUAGUGAAGUCACUCUUGAAUGCAAGCCGCAAGCCUCGCCCCCAGCAAUUAGCCUGUGGAAAAAGGAUAAUGAGAUGCUGCAGAGAAAUGAAAGAAUUACACUGUUUUCAAAUGGAACAUUAAAGAUUACCAACGUUACAAGAAGCGAUGCGUCUAACUAUAUGUGCAUUGCAAAGAACCAGUUUGGGUCAGCAAGCACCAGUGGGAGGCUGAUCGUGACCGAGCCAACCAGAAUAACUGUGAGGCCCACAAACACUGAGAUUAUUGUUGGCGAGAGCAUCGUAUUGCCGUGCCAGAUUGCCUACGAUCCAGCUCUGGAUGUCUCUUUCUCAUGGGCAUUUAAUGGCCUGCUCAUCGACUUCCAGCAAGACAGCGAUCAUUUUGAGAGAGUGGGCGGGAGUGUAUCUGGAGAUCUGAUGAUCCGUAACAUUCAACUGAAUCAUGGUGGGAAGUAUGUCUGUGUUAUUGACACUGACGUAGAGAGUCUGUCCACCUCUGCCAUCCUGGUUGUCAAAGGUCCACCAGGCCCUCCAGACAAAGUGACAGUGGAAGAAAUCACGGACAGCACGGCGCAGCUUUCCUGGACUCCUGGAAGGGACAAUGGCAGCCCCAUCACCGGUUACAUCAUCCAGUGUCGGACGCCUUUUACUGUGGGCUGGCAGGCUGUUGAUACGGUGCCCGAAGUGAUUAAUGGGAACACACUAACAGCGACAGUCGUGGGUUUGAAUGCUUGGGUGGAGUAUGAGUUCAGAAUAGUGGCACAGAAUAGUGUGGGCCUUGGAGAGCCCAGUCCAGCAUCGGCCAAAACCAAGACGGAGGAUACUAUUCCUGAUACAGCUCCCACUGAUAUCGGAGGAGGAGGGGGCACAAAGUCGGAAUUAGUGAUAACAUGGGAGCCUGUAUCCGAGGAAUUGCAGAACGGUGAGGGGUUCGGCUACAUCAUCGCCCUCAGGCCUGUGGGCACAGUUACUUGGACACGAGCCAUCAUCUCCACACCCGGCGUUGCACGUUAUGUCUUCCAUAAUGACACCAUCCCACCAUUCUCGCCUUUUGAUGUGAAAGUGGGAGCUUUCAACAACAGAGGGGAGGGCCCUUUCAGCUCUAUUGCCACUGUGUAUUCAGCAGAAGAUGUCCCCAGUGUAGCUCCUAAGAGGGUUAUACCUAGGAUUGUGUCUGCAACACAAAUUGAAGUGAUCUGGGAAGCUGUUUCAGCCAUCCCUGAAAGAGUGCUGGGAUAUGAGGUCAUGUACUGGGAAGAUGACACUAAGCCUGACACAGUUGGCAAAGUACGCAUAUCAGGAAACUACACCGUUGUUAACAUCACUGGGCUGAAUUCGAAUACAGCGUACUAUCUUGCAGUGUCCGCCUGCAACACAGCUGGCCCUGGGCCUCAGUCGGUGCCUAUCAACAUCACAACAAAAAAACCACCACCUGACCGGGCACCACUAAACGUACAAUGGUCCAUGAUUGGUUCCACACUGUCACUGCAAUGGGAUCCUGUUGUAGCCACGGAGAAAGAGUCAAAAGUCACUGGAUAUUUGGUGCUUCUGAAAAGACAUCGUUAUAAUGAUAUGAAUUAUUAUGUCACAAAUAAAACCUCUGUGGAGCUCAAUCUGUCCAGCAAUGACAACUAUCUCAUUCAGAUCAAGGCCAUGAGCGAGGGUGGUGAAGGUUUAGGCAGUGAACCCAUCCACAUCCACAAAUUAAGCAUGGGAGCACGGGGAUCAGAUGCACGUUGUCUCAACCCAUUCAACCUCUCUGCAGCACUCAUCAGCGCACUGCUCUGCUUUGUCUGA